ACCUUGACGACGACUAUUCGAAAUCAAUUUCUCAAAAUCUUCCAUACGGAUCGAUUUUGCUUGAUGAAUAUGCAAACCUAUACACACUUUGUUUAUGGGAAAAUCCUUCAAUAAAUUUGCUGCAAUUAAGAUUCAACAACAUCUCGCAGCGCCGUCGUCGUCACAACUUCCCAAGGUUAAGAAACCUAUUUCCUCAGAUAUCGCCGGCGUUGGGUCGGCACAGAAGACUUUGAAAAAGAAUCCCAUGGAGAACAGUAGCAACGCCUCUGACGGCGGUAAGAACGAUAAUCGGACACCGCUCUCGCUUGUCGUAUCUGAUUGUGUUAGGAGAUGGUUUCAAGAUACCCUUAAGGAGGCUAAGGCUGGAGAUAUAUCGAUGCAGGUUUUGGUAGGGCAGAUGUAUAACAAUGGAUAUGGGAUUAGUAAAGAUGCCCAAAAGGCUAGAGCUUGGAUGUCAAGAGCUUCGAGAAUUAGAUCUUCAGUUUGGAAAGUCAGCAACAAACGACCAGGUUAUAAUGCAAGUGAUUCAGAUUCUGAUGAUGAGGAUGAAGAGGAAGAUACCAGACAGAGACAAUCCUGAGUAUACACUGUUUCAAAGGAACAUGCCUUCUUCUUCUUCCUGACAUUAUUUGUGUGCAGCUUUACCAAUCCCAAGUUACUUGCCUGCCUUUAUAAUGCUUCUGGUUCAGCAAGCAUUGAUUGAACUUGUUGUAAUACUAUCUAGCAUCAUUAAAGCUAUCUUGCUGGGAUUAUUUUUAUUGAUAAAUUGACAUUAUUGUGACAUUAUGACAUUAUCAACUCUUUAAUUUAUCACAUUUUCAU